CUUCCAGCCCUCACGCGAAACGCCCCCGCGAAACGCUCAGCAUCGCGGCUACCCGGAAAGCUGAGGCGGAAAAGAAACGCCUCGCGCUGAUUAAUACCAGCAACAAGGGACAGCCUGCCAUCCAGCACUUUUUCAAGCCUUCCGGGUAAGCGUCUUCUUCCGAGACCUAAGUUCUGGUUUAACACUCGCUCUUAUAUUUGUAUGUUUUCCUGAAGUUCCGGAAGCCAGCCUCCCAAGGCCCCAAGGGUCCUUAAGAAGAAGGCCAAACCAUCUCCGGCUUCCUUCCCUAUCACUCCUGAGGUGGAAGUUCCGCCUAAAGCUUCGUCUGCCAGCAAGCCGGAUCCGAAGGACAUCAUUGACCUUGAUGACCUUCCGGAAGACCCUACCCACCAUGGCGACUCCGCCCAGGGGACCACUCCUCCACCAGAUCAACCAAGUUCCGCUUUCGCGGGACCUACUGAAGAAGAGCAAGAGCAAAAGGUCAAGCUCCUCCAAGUUACCAAUGCGACCCGAGUCAGCCUCGAGCCAACUCCAUCCCUCCAAAAACUUUCCCUCGCCGAGCGUCACGCGGAAGUUUCCGCCAUGCUGAACAAGGUAUGGGGGAAGCCGGAAGAGGAGGUGGGUUAUCUCGCGGAACUGGAGGACAGCCUGAAGGAAUUUUUCGCCAAGCACAAGGAAGUGCGGCAGUCCACGAGGAAACUGCACGAAGAUUUGCGCAUUCACGUGCUGGAGCAAAUCAAGGAGAUCGAGGGACUGCGCGAACACGAGGAAAAUAGCCGAAAGGCUAUCUAGCUGCUUGAGACCCGACUUCAAGAAGAAACUGCCAAGCAUUCCUCGCUUGAUGAACUAGCCGCCAAGGUCAAGGUGCUUGAAGCGGAGAACGAGUCCCUCAGAAAUUUCAUGAAAGAAUCUUCAAGCAAAGAGACUGAGGCGAGGAAAGAGCUCUCCGAGAAGCAUGCCCGUGAGAAGGCGGAACUGAUCGACAAGCUGGAGAAAAGCCAAGGCCGCGUGAUCUCCAUAAUUGCCAAGAACAAAGUCCUAGAAGCGGAGGCGGAAGCCAUUGACAAGCUUAUCUUUCCAAGCCUCGGCUUUGAGUGGACAAAGGACUCAAACCUGACGAGGACGGAGGCGUACGAUGAAGCGCGGAUCUCAAUUGAUGCGCUGUUUGGAGCCUGUCGCGGAAUCGCCACGGCUCUGUCGCUGAAGAAGGCCAAAACCACAGUCAUCGACACGAUGACCAAACUCAUGCGACAGGUGCCGGAGUUCAUCAAGGACUGGCAGAAAUCUUCAGCAUGUGGAGCCGCCUCCUUAGUCUUGGCCACCUGCAAGGCUUUCUUCCCCUCACUCAACCUGGCGCAAGUUGCACGCGGAGCCCCCGAGAGUUCCGACAUGAGCGCCCUCCUCGCGGAAACUGAAGGCUAUGAAGAGCUGUUUGUCAGGCGAGUGGAUCACUCGUUCUGGUACAAGCAGCACAAUCUGCCCGAAGGUUUUUCCGAUGCAGAAGAGGAAGCAGGCGAACCAGAGUAUUAUGGGGAAGGAUCCGGGUCCAGCAUCGAGCACUCCGGAGAAAACUCUGGAGACGACUCAGAAGCCGGAUCUGGCGGCAGUGACGACGGCUCCAGCUACCAAAUGGCCUCCUCGCGUCGUGCCCUGCCCGUGGCGACCCUAGCCCUCCGGAUCCUCUCGCUUCUCUUCCUCAUCGCCUCCAUCGUCAUCAUCGCAACCGCGAAGGUCCGGGCCGACGACACCUUCUUCGACGAGCCCGACACCACCUUCAAGAAUGUCUAUGCCUACCGGUUCGUGCUGGCCGUGGGAGUCAUCGGCUGCGCGUACAGUCUGCUGGCCAUCUCCUUCGUGGCGAUCAACCUCGCCGGGAGGAAGAAGAUGAUCGGGGGCACCGAGGGCGGCACCGUGCUCCUCAUCUGCGCCGACGUUGUAUGCGCGGUGCUGCUCGCCGCUGGAGGGGCGGCGGGCCUGGGUCUCACGGUGGAGGCCCAGCGGCUAUUCGGGGAGUUCUUGGACUCAAGCUUCAAGACAUUCUUCAACCGGGCUGACAUCUCCUCCGUCGCGCUGUUGCUGGCAAGCCUUUGCGUCGUGGCCAUCGUCAUGCUCUCCGCCUACUCGCUCACCAAGUAGCUAGCGAUAAUCCGCUAACAAAAAAGU